CAGAAAGCAUGCUCGUAGGGCUUUAUACCCCGGAACUGCCUCGUGAAAAGCAACGUUUGUCCUUGGAUAUUCUUUCCGAAGCUGGGCUGCCUGUUGUAUCUUUUUCUCACACACGCAGCAACAUCAGGAUGUCGACAUCAAACGGAAUCCUCGAUUCACUCGUUGCUUUCCGCUACGGGAGUCUGCCCACUUUAGACAGUCGUGUACUGGCCAGACUGGCUGUGACUGUGCUUGUUGCUCCCAUUGUCACUUUGCUUCUUUGGUUCACAUUUUCAUGGGCUACAUCUCCAUUGCGUGGGUAUCCAGGCCCCUUCCUCUCCGGAUACACAAACAUCUGGCGUCUUUACCAUGUGAGAACCGGCAAGUAUGAGUUGACCAUGAAGAGGCUUCACGACAGGUAUGGACCAGUGGUGCGCAUUGGUCCCAACUUACUGGAUCUCGAUUACCCUGAGUUAUCCAAAGUGUUGUAUGGCACUGAUGGAAAAUGGCGCAAGACCGAGUUCUACCACAAUAACAGUGCCCUCGUCAAUGGGAAAAUUACCUACCAUAUUUUCAGCACCACCGAUCAGACUGAGCACGCUCAAAUGAAGCGUCCGAUUGUCAAGCAUUACUCUCUCGGCAGUGUACUGGCCCUCGAGUCACACAUGGACAACGUUCUCGGAGAGCUCAUGCAACAGCUCGACAAUCGUUUUGCCCAAGGCGGUCAGGGGACCUGUGAUUUGGGAGAAUGGGUUGCAUUCUAUGCCUGGGACCUCAUCACCUCGGUCACCUUCUCCAAACCCUUCGGCUACAUGACCCAAGGUCACGACUUUGACAGCUCCAUCGCCACAGCCGACAAAUCCCUCGACUACUUCGCCUCCGUCGGCCAGAUCCCUUGGCUGGACUUCCUCCUCGACAAGAACCCCAUCCUCCGCAUCGGUCCCCCCAACCUCAGCAACGUCACCAACAUCGCCAUGACCUCUCUCAUCGCCCGCAUGCAAGGUCAAGACAAGAACUUCAACCCUAAGGUCCCCGACUAUCUCCAACACUUUAUCGAUUCCAAGAAUAACCAUCCCGACACCGUCCACGACGGCAUGGUGUUUGGGUAUUUGCUCGUCAACCUCAUCGCGGGAGCAGACACGACAGCCAUCACUAUCCGAGCCAUCUUUUAUUACGUCUUGAAGAACCCAGCCGUCUAUGCCCGUCUGGUAGGGGAGGUUCGUUCAGCGGGGAUUGAAAACUCCAACGCCUUUCCUUACUUUCAAGCUCGCCAGCUGCCCUACCUCGAGGCUGUGGUCAGGGAGGCGCUCCGUGUUCAUCCUGCUGUAGCUAUGCCGCUUGAGCGUUAUGUCCCUGCUGAGGGGUUCACCCUUCCCAACGGCGACUUUGUUCCUGGCGGGGUGGCCGUUGGUAUCAAUCCUUAUAUUGGCAACAGGAACAAGACUGUUUGGGGUUCUGAUGCGGACGAGUUUAGGCCUGAGAGGUGGUUGCGGGAUGUCAAAGGUGGGGAGACCGAUGAGGAGUAUAAAAAGAGAAUGCAAAAGUGGAAUGCCUGUGACUUGAGCUUUGGGGCUGGGUCGAGGAUUUGUUUGGGGAGGAACUUGGCGUUGGUGGAAACGUAUAAGCUUGUGGCCACGGUUUUGAAUAGGUAUGAGGUUACGCUGGCGGAUCGGGAGAGGGAGUGGGAGACGGUGAAUAGUUGGUUUUGGAGGCAGAAGGGGGUGGAGGUUAGACUCAGGGGUAGGGUUUAAAUUGCAUUUGGUUGAUGUUGGAUUUAUGGAGGGUGUAUGACACGAAGGAGACAUGUUUGUAAGGUAGAAUCUAUGCACAUCCAUUGAGAACGACCAGC